UUCAAACCAAACCACUGACUCCGGUGCGCUGUCGCUGGGAUGGCUGAACCCCGGAGAGUUCAGCUGUUUACUGUCAGCAGUGAUGCGCCCUCUUCUAACUCGCCUUCGACCCAGAGGUGUCUGUCAGGGGUUCCGCAGAUGGAAGAAACCCCCUCAGACCGACCUGCUGACACCGAAACAGUCCGGCUCGUCCUCACAUUAUUUGAGCCCGACGAGCGGAGCUUCCCGGAGUUCAGCUACACGCAGCUUGUUGAUGACAAGAUAAGUCAGUCAAAAGUUGAAGGACCACUGAGCAGACUAGAGGAGGAAGAAAAGAGGGAGAACGAUGAAGUCGCUGCCAUUGCAAGGAAGUUGGAAGAAAAAUAUGGUGCCAAACCUAAGAAAAAAAAGGACCGCAUCCAGGACUUGAUCGACAUCGGAUAUGGUUAUGAUGAAGAGGAUUCUUUCAUUGACAACUCUGAGGCUUAUGACGAGUUCGUGCCAUGCUCCAUCACCACCAAAUUUGGUGGGUUCUAUGUGAAUUCGGGCGUGCUGCAGUUCCGUCAGGCCUCUGACAACGAAGACGAUGACCUCACAGCCGAAGAGGGAACGCUUGAGAUGACAAAAAAACGUAAACUGAAUGAUGAUCAGGAGAAGCCAGGGAAGAAGCUGUGCAGAGCAGAUGGAGAGAUAAAAAGCAACAUGGAUCAUAAGUUAAGCUCUUUGUCUGAAAUUGGGCAGACUGAUGAGAUGAAGAUCAAAAAGAAGAAAAAGGCCGUUAGGACUCUGAGUGUCACCAGCAUGCUGAAAAAGUUUCAAAAAGAAAAGGCGAGAGAGCGACAGAAGAAAGCGAGGGACAAGGCAGCUGCAAAUCUGGGUGCAACAGCAACCCCUCUGUUUCCUGCAGAUGCAGGUGGGGGUGGAGGCAUGGGGCUAACUGACCCUCUUCUCAGUUUAAUUGGCUCAACCAAUGACCACGCUCUUAUCCAAGCAGCCAGCACAGUAGAUUUUGAUAUUGAUCUGGACUCUCUGUUAGAAGUCAGUGAAGAGAUCUCAUCCCCUAAAUCACUUCCUCAACCAGCAUUAGAGAUGCAGCUGAUCCAAAGCAAAACGGAUGAUCCCGUGCAACUCGACACCUUUACUGAUCCCAAAACCCGAACUUCAAAUUCCAAGACUAAUUUUCUGGAGAAAUGUGAACCAGAGCAAACCCAGCUUGUGUCAGAUUCAAGUUCUACAUCACAGAGCGCCCCGCUGCCAGAGGGACUUCCCCCAGCGCUGAAAGACAGCAUUAGAAAACUCACAGUGGCUGCCAAGACAUCAGAAGGAGAGUCAAAACUCAGGUUCUUCAGUCCAGAUAUCAACUCAAUCCUGCUAGACAUUGAGUUACAGUGUCGGGAGCAGAGUGGGUCACUGCGCUCCAAGGUGUACACACACCUGUCAUCUUUCCUGCCCUGUAGCAGAGAUACGCUUCUCAAACGUGUAAAGAAACUGCUAAUCGCACAAGUGGGGGAGCCCAGUGGGGUGGAAGAUCCCAUGCAGAAACUUAAAGAUGCCAUUGGAAGAUCUAUGCCUGAGCAGAUUUCAUGUUUCAAUGAAGAAUGUCAGGCAUAUGAACAAGUCAAGACUUCAAAGGCAACAGAGGACAAUGAUGAGGAGAAAACUGGGAGAAAAGCAGGUCCUAAGAAAGUGUUCAAGUGGAAUGAGGAGCUCAGAGAGUGUUUGGGCCAAGUGUUGAAAGCAAAAGCAGACCAUUAUAAAAAGGAAAGGAAGGGGGAACAGGAGGUUGAAGAGCAUCUCAAGAUCUUUCUUGACAAUGAGGUCAAACCGCUUUGGCCAAAAGGGUGGAUGCAAUCUAGGGUUCUGAUGAAGGAGAGCAGGAAAUUGUUAGAUCUCUUUUCAUUACUAGCAAAGAAGGCCAAGUGUGAGAAGAAGCAGUCAUGCACAUUCUCAGAUGGUUGUAAUGACGAUCGAGGAAAUCCACCACUGACAGAAAUGUCCAGAGGAGCAGGUUCAGUCUUCACUGAAGGCUCCGAUAUCCUCGGUUCUGUUCACGAGGGUGCUGCCAUGAAGAAGGGCGAGGUCAAAAAAGUGGAACUGGAUGUCAGAGCCACCUCAAAUUCAGAAACCAGAGAACCAGAGAAAUCUCAGGUUGAUGAGACACCCACUCCUGCUCAUUCCCUCCUGGAUCUCCUUGCUGAACAAGCCCUGGCUCAGGAGCAACACCUCCCAGGGCUCCAGGAGCUCCUAGCAGAAGCUGUAAAAACAAAGUGUUUUGUUCAGCACUGGAGCUUCGCAGAGACACAGAGUCCUCCCUUACUCCCUCCUCCUCCUCAGUCCAGCCCAGAUGGUUUCCCAGCACAGAGUACAUGUGGUGACAUUUGGCCUCCGAUGCUUCAGGUUGGAAGCACCAAACAUGCAGAUGCUGUUCAGGUGCAGAGCGUCUCUGAAGAUGGUGGUGCUACAAAAUGACAACCUUCAAAAAAGACAUGCAAUGGAGCAGAAUCCUGAAGAUGAACUGGGCACAUGAGGUUCGAAUGGAGUAGUUCUUAUACUAGAAUCAACGAAGUUUAAUGUCUUAAACUAUAUACUUUCACUUAAUACAUAAUAAAGAGAGCAUGUCAUA